UGCACGGGCUCCGGACACAGCCAGGAUGUUCUCCAAGGUGAUGCUCCUCUGCCUGGCGGCCCUGGCCUUCUCCCGGGUCCAGGCUGAGGCACCUUCAUCAGAUGAAGUAGCCACCGAGUUGUGGAAGUAUCUCAGCCUGCUGGAAACACUGCCCCGGGACAUCGCUGAGGAGCCGCAGUUUUCAGAGCUCAGCAAGAAGCUAGAAACUCUCUUGCGGGACAAAAUAAAGGAAGCUGGAGCCCUGCAGAAGAAGCUGGAGCCCCUGGCCUCGGAACUACAAUCCCAGCUGAGCCAGGUGGACUCAGACCAGCUGAAGGAGCAGGUCCUCCGGGAGCUGAGCUCGCUGCAGGCCUACUCCGACAAGUUCCACCAGCAGAUCGGCCGCAGUGUACAAGACCUGCAGGAGAAGCUGGGGCCCUACGCCUCCGAGCUCCAGUCCCAGGUCAGGCAGAACGCCCCACUGCUUGCGCAGCAGCUGGAGGAGCAGCUGAGAGAGAACGUGGACACACUGCGGGUCUCCCUGACUCCGAUGGCCGACGAACUGCGCACCACCAUCACCCAGAACGUGGACCAGAUGAAGGACCGCCUGGCCCCCUACACUGACCGCCUCGGCCAGGACGUGGCCAAACUGCAACGGGACCUGGCCCCCUACGCUGACCGCCUCGGGCAGGACGUGGCCAAGCUGCAACGAGACCUGGCCCCCUAUGCCUGUGAAGCGCAGGAGAAGUUGGGCCAGCAGUGGGGCGAGCUGUCCUCCCAGAUAAAGCAGAAUGCUGAUGAGCUGCGGGUCCGGCUGGGCCCCUAUGCGGAGGAGAUGCAGGCCCGCUUGGCCCCCUAUGCGGACGAGAUGCGGGAGAAGCUGGAAGGCAACGCUGCCGAGCUGCGGCAGUCCCUGGGCAAGCUGAGCGGCCACAUGGACCGGCACGUUGAGGAUUUCCACAGGAACAUGGGGCCAUUCGGGGAGACCCUAAACCAGGCGGUGGUGAAGCAGAUGGCAGGGCUGCGCGAGGCACUGGAGCCCUACACCGGAGAAAUGGACGGGCGCCUCAGCGUCCUGGAGAAGGGUUUCCGAGACCAGUUUGACACCAUCCUUUCCUCUGCCAGGAAGCAGGCCCAGAGCCAGGGAUCCUGGUUCACCGAAGGCGAGGAGUGAAGCCGACACCAUUGGCCACAGCCCUGGGCUUCCACCUCCCCCUCCAUCUGCCGGCUGACAGGGCAGACUCCCUCUCCUUCCCUGAACUCUCCCUCCAGUGAAUCAGCGUGGUCCAUCCAACAUUCCUGACUCUCCCCUCUCCAGCUUCGAAUAGCCCAGUGGCCCAGGCCGGACCACCGCACACCCCUGACUCUCCCUUCUCCAUCUCUGACUCUCCCUCUAGUAUGGAUAAUACCCAUCAAUAAAAUCACAA